CGGACACAGCUCAGCGAGAAUGGGUGUAUUCCACCGGUUGGCAAGCAGAGAGGAGAGCCAAGGAGGGGAGACGAUCCGCUGAUAACGCCAUACAGCGAUGAGGAAAGAGUUGGGCAAUGCAGGCAGGCAGACAGCAGGGCAAACAGGGCAGACCACAAGUGUGCACGUGAUGCGACGUGAUGUGGGAAACACAGUUAUGUUGAAUGACACACACGGGGCAGAGACCAAGUUGAAUCGAUUUCCCUUUGUCCGGUCAGAGAACCCACACACACCGAAGGACACCCACCGAUACCACAGAGGCCAUAUAGGCAGACAGACCGACCAUCAGACAGACAAAAAGGCGUCUUGGGGUCUUACAGGUCUCAUGGACAAACGAAAUCAAACGAACGUCACAUUGGCUAUGGCAGGCCUGGCUCAUGGAUCAUGGAUAAAGCCAUCACAUCACCUCACGUCCAUCGGUCGCCGACAGAUACAGCGACGACACCACAGACAAUGCACUCACACACACAUCGAUGUGUGGGUGGAUGUGUGCAGCAGCAAAGGCACACACACCGACACAGAUGGCCAAUGCGCGCACACUGACACCCUAUAGCAACUCGAGCAGGGGCAUGCAGCAGAAUAAACCGACGCAGCAGCUGGCCACAAAUCCAGACAUCGCUGCCGGACGGUCUCACCGCCGCAAAGGCACUCACAGCGGACGCACCAGGGGGCAGUGCUCACAGGAUGGCCACCAGCCUAUACUCGAGGUAAGCCUCCUUUCCACUGUAGGUCAGUCUGGCCGGCGCGAUGACCCGCCGCACCUCACCCACACGCAUGUCAGUGAAGGUCUCCUGGACCCACUCAGCAACAAAGUCAGACACACAACGCACCAGCCCACGGUAUCCAUAUCUCUUGUCUUGGCCGUCGAAGUCGUCAGCCCACGCGACCUCGUCGAUCUCGACGUCCUGGUUCUGUGUCGGUUUGGGCCCAUUGCCCGGCCGCACCACUUGAUGAAACACACCCGACGGCGACCGAGUGAACACAUCGCCGCCGCCGCCAUGGCCGGCUGCUAUGGUUGGUGAUGAGACCUCCUGACGCCGCAGUGUGGCGCCAUUGCCAUUGGCCACACCCACACUGACACACAGACACACAGGCACACAGACACACAGCCCCAAUGAGAGCCCACCGUCUGUGUGUCUGUGCAGCACCUACGUCUCAUUCGGCAGCACUCCCUUUGGCAGCAGCGACUCGCGGCCGCUCCUGUCCUUGCUGUAGAAGUUGACGCUCGUGCGGCAGAUGUCCAGCGGCAAAUAGAUGCGCUUCUUGGGGCGGUCGGGGACCAAUGCGUUGAGCUCGUAGAAGUACUCGCCCGGCUGGGCAGGGUCCUCCAGCACAUUGCGACUGAACUCCAGCACACCGACGUCCACCAGUCUGUCACUCAUUGCGCCUGCACACACACACCGACAGUGUAAGAACCAAAUGACCUGGCGAGUCUGUCUGUUUCUGCUGCUUGGCUGUGUCAGUGUUUGCUCUUGUUUGCGUACCUGUGUGCCGCUGGCCGGUCCACGGGCUUGGUUGGUGCUGUGGAUGGAUGACGUUUGUCAGAUGAACGGUGCUGCCUGCCCAAACACCACACAGACGCACACUGGUGAAGCUGCUGGCUCAGAUCUACAUAUUUGCUUGUCGUCCGAGGCUCUCUGACCCACCUCGCGCUGCAACGAACGAACGAACGAACGAACGCUGCAAAAAGCCGAUCGGCGAGGGAAUGCGAGCUUAGCAU